AUGCAAGAGCUCAUUAGUGAUGACCUGACCUCCACGCUGGGCGUAUUUCACUUCCUCAAAGCACCAGCUAAUAGGAGCUCCGUGGAAAAUGGCUUUGUAAAGAAGUUUGAACCUAGAUCUGGCUGGCUGACUUUUCUGGAAGUUACAGGAAAAAUCUGUGAAACGUUAUCUCCUGAAGCAAUACUAUUGACUGAAAAGUACACUCCAUAUUGUGAAACCUGCCCAGUGUUCCUGACUCUUGCAAGAGCUAUUGCCAACACUUACAAAUAAACAACUCGAUGAUGUAACUUGACUUCCCAGAGUUACAGAAAUUUUGUAUAUUAAUAAUAAAAUUUUGUAUGAUUUUACCAUUUUAAUAAUAAACUACGUGUUUGUUUCUGUA